AUGGCAAUGCAGUGGUGGACGGUUGUGGUGGUGUUGUGGACAGCGUGUGCGGUCGAGUGCCUACGGGUGCGCCUCCCGGACCACCUGAACCGCGUCGGAGCCCUUAUAUUGAACGCGACGAGUGAUGACCGACGCAUCUACUCCUUGGACACCACUCUCAGCGAUUCCGGUGCCCAACACUUCUUGGAGGUGUCCUCUUUGGAUGGGUUGGUGUUUGUGAAGCAGCCGUUGGUGUGCAGCAGUGGUGACAUACGGGGUGUCACUCACUAUCCGUUGCGACUAUACAUCCGGUCCGAGAGCUUCCGAGUAAGCGGUUCUCAGACCAAAGUCAUGAUAAUGUCUGUGAAUAUAUAUUUUGAGCACAAAUCGUGUCCUACUUAUCACGAGUCCAUCUCCGGCACCAAUUCAUGGCAUUCCCGGCCCUCAAACUCUUUCGCACUCAUAGUGUUGAGCGAUGACAGGGUUUGUGUGAAGAAGUGUCAGUUUUUGGCACAUUUGCCACACUUUAUGCCCACUUCACUGAACGCCAAAUGCAAGAUAUCUUACGAGCCCUCCAUAACCCCCUUAACCGGUGAUGACAGCAAUACUCUCAUUGAAUACUCUGUUGAACACAACUCAUCCGAUUUGGUGGCAAUGAGUGAUAAGUGCAUUGAUUGGAACCGUUUCACCGCUAAUAUCAGAAUAUCAUUGGAUUGUAAAGCAUCUGAUGAUGAAAAAGCAAAUAUAGAGACAUUAAUAUCUGAAGACAUGGAAGAGACGCUUGAAUUAACGUUUGCGAUGAGAGACACCGAUUGUGACAACUAUUUAGAGACUAUUAGAUCUAAACUGAAGAAAAUGGAAACACGAAGUCGAAGUCGACGUCAAUCGGCAAAUACGGAACCAUUUUUCGACAAAUCUUUAUAUAUAGUGAGUGUUCCCGAAGAGAAAGAGAAGGGAUAUAUCGUGACCACAAUGAGUGCCACCGAUCGCGAGACCAACGACUUGUUGUAUCAAAUGAGUGCUGUUUUGGACGCCCGAAGUCAGAGCAUAUUUUCUAUUGAUUCCACUUCUGGAGUAAUCACCACAACCGCCCGAUUGGAUCGAGAGUUUAUGGACGUUCACUACUUGAAGAUCACAUGUGAGUCCAGAGUAUUUAUAUUUGGAGUACCGGCGCGUUCUGGGACUACCACUCUGCAGAUCAAUGUGAACGAUGAGAACGAUCACUCGCCUGUCUUCGAGUUGGCCUCAUAUGACGCCAACAUUCGAGAGUCUUCGCCCAUAUCUACCACUGUUGUGACCGUUAGAGCUACCGAUGCUGACAGCGGACCAAACUCUGACAUUGAAUACAGUAUAGUGAACCCUACCGGCGUUAACGAGGCCUUUAAAAUAGACUCGCAUUCGGGUAUAAUCACGACCAGAGCAGCUCUGGAUCGCGAGUCCGUUGACUUCUACACACUGACAGUGCAGGCCUCAGACUCGGGUGCCGUUCACUUGCGUCGAUAUUCGCAAACGGCGGUCACCAUCAAAGUGCUCGACGACAACGACAAUUACCCCCAAUUCUCUGAGCGCUCGUAUUCGGUGCACAUUCCUGAAGACAUAAACUAUUUGAAUCAUCCGCUCAUCGCUACAGUCAGUGCUCACGACUCCGACGAAGGACUCAACUCUGCGCUCAGGUAUUCAAUAAUAGGAGGCAAUACUCAAGGGAUGUUUCAAAUGGAUUCACUGAAUGGUGAAGUGAGUGUAAUCGCACCGUUGGACUACGAGACCUCUCACUCGUACCGUCUGGUGUUGAGAGCACAGGACGCGGGCAGUCCUCCGCGCAGUAAUACAACGCAACUGUUGAUCAAUGUAUUGGAUAAGAACGACAACGAACCCAAGUUCUACACGAGUCUGUUCCAGGAGACCGUCUUAGAGAACUCACCCAUUGGUUCCAAUAUAGUCAGAGUACAGGCCUAUGACGCCGAUGACGGCAACAACUCUGCCAUCACUUACCUGAUCAGAAACGCCAACAUUCCUGAAAUGCCGAUUGCGAUCGACAACCAGACGGGUUGGGUGCUCACCACCAGAGAGCUCGACUGGGAAGAGGCCAGUCUUUAUGAGUUCGUAGUGGUUGCUCAGGAUAAUGGAUCCCCACCCCUGUCCGCCACCGCUAAUGUCAUAAUUCGUGUUCAAGAUCUCAACGACAAUCUACCAACUCCGUACGCCAUAAGCAUUCCUGAAGAUACGCCUUCCGGAACCACUGUACUGGUCAUCGAAGCCACAGAUGCCGACGUUGGAGAGAACGCGCGCAUCACUUUCCAAAUGGAUGACGUGAAGGAGUUCCGCAUUGACUCCAACUCAGGAGCCAUUGUCACCACCAGAAGCUUGGAUAGAGAAGAGACGGCCGGUUAUACUAUAGUAGUGACCGCUUUAGACAACGGGAUCCCUCCUCUGGCGGACAUAACGAACGUUGAGAUAGAGAUCGGAGACGUGAACGACAACUCACCCGAAUUCGUUCAGUCGGUGUACACCACGUCUAUCACCGAAGACGCGCCCAUUGGCAGUAGUGUUGUGCAGAUUAGUGCCAUCGAUAGGGACUUGGGUUUGAACGGUCAGCUCAGGUAUACAUUCUCGGGCGGCAAUGAUGGCUCCGGCAAUGAUAAUCCGCCCCGUUUUGACUCAAUGAUACUUCGCUUCUAUGUGCCUGAGAACAGCCCAAUCGGUUGGACCGUCGGAACUCUCAAUGCCAUUGAUCCGGACGAGGGCUCGAACGCCAAAAUUGAAUAUUCAAUAGUCGGCGGACCAGAUAUGACUUCGUUUACUCUCAAAUCUCGACCCGCAGAGAAUGGUGCCGAACUCAUCUCUGGUGUUGAUAUGGAUUAUGAAUCGCCUAAAAAGAUGUAUAACAUUAUCGUUAGAGCCUCGUCUCUGCCACUAAGAAAUGAUGUCGACGUUGAGAUUCAUGUCUCAGAUGUCAACGAUCACCCGCCACUACUUCGCGACUUCUCUAUAAUAUUCAAUAAUUACAAAAACCAUUUCCCUCUCAACCACGUGAUUGGACGCAUACCUGCGUUUGACGCGGAUGUUGCCGACCGACUAAAGUAUAGGUUUGUUUGGGGAAAUAAUGCCAAUCUAUUGAUAGUGAAUGAGACCAAUGGUCACAUCAAACUGAGUCCCAGUUUGAACACAAAUGUGCCGAUGAGGGCGCUGUUCGGCGUGAGUGUGUCGGACGGCAUAAACGAGGCGACGGCCACAUGUCAUCUCGUUGUCAAUCUGGUGACCGAAGCAAUGCUCUUCAAUAGCGUUACCAUUCGUUUAAAUAAAAUAUCUCAGAAGACAUUCCUUUCAUCUCUAUUCGAUCGCUUCCUGGAAGGGUUGUCUGCAAUCAUUCCCUCUCCCAAAGAAAAUGUUGUUAUUUUCAAUACUCAGGAUGACACUGAAGUUGAUUCACAGAUUCUCAACAUUAGUUUCUCGGCUCGUCUGCCAGACUAUAGAGAUUCAGAAUCGUAUUAUUCGCCGCAAUUCCUUCAGGAAAGGGUAUACUUGAGUCGAGCCAUUCUCACCAAAUUGACUGGACUUGAGGUUUUACCAUUUGAUGAUAAUUUAUGUGUUCGCGAGCCAUGUCUUAACUAUGAAGAGUGUCUCUCAGUUCUCAAGUUUGGUAACGCAUCUGAUUUUGUUUCCACGGAUUCAAUACUAUUUCGUUCUAUAAAUCCGGUCAAUACAUUUGCCUGCCGGUGCCCUAAAGGCUUCCAGGGAAUGCACCACAAAUACGAAUGCGAUACUGAGAUAAACCUAUGCUUUUCGUCGCCCUGUCUUAAUGGAGGCGUUUGUGUCCAUCAAGAAGGAAGUUAUGUCUGUCUGUGUAAUGAUGGCUACGCCGGCAAGAACUGUGAAAUUAACUUUGUUUUAGACCACUGCAGGAGUGGUUUAUGCAAAAGUGAUUCCCAUUGCGUUAACUCCAGAAGUAUGAAGAUAAAGGCAACGCUCGGAAUCAGUAGCUUUCAGUGCCUCAACUGUUCUCUGGAGGAGUGGAGCACUCCUUUAUGUGAACUCAAGACUCGUUCGUUCACUAAAGGCUCAUAUUUGACAUUCUCGUCGUUACGACAACGCCAUCGACUCAACAUUCGCUUGAAGUUCGCGACCCGACUCUCAAACGCUCUCCUAUUAUAUAACGGCCGAUACAACGAGAAGCACGACUUCAUUGCUCUCGAAAUCAUUGACUCAAAAGUGGUAUUCAGUUUCUCUGUGGGCGCCAACAUUAGUCAAGUGUCGGUGCAAUCAUCAGAAGGUGUCAUAAAUGAUGGCAAAUGGCAUCAAAUAGAAGUGAAUUACUUGAACAGAACGGCGGCCAUCAAACUGGACGAUUGCGACGAAGCAUUGCUUAAAGCUGUUCACAGGAAUCAGUUGCCAUCAAAGUAUGUCUGCGCCAAUACAACAGUCCUUGAUUUAGAGCCUCGUUGUGCCGACAAAAUGCAGACCUGCUAUCGAUUCCUGGACCUGACGGGUCCGCUACAGAUUGGAGGACUUCCACCACUUCCCACUCGCUUCCAAACUACUAAUAAAGACUUUGUCGGAUGUAUUACUCAACUAUAUAUUGACCAUCAAAUGGUUGACCUAAAUUCAUACGUGGCUAACAAUGGAUCCAUUUCUGGUUGUGCUGAAAAACACCGGUUCUGUCACUCGCAGCCGUGUCUUAAUGGAGGCAUUUGUCGAGAGCGUUGGGGAUCUUAUGUCUGCGACUGUGUCAACACAUACAGCGGCCAAGACUGCAGUCACUCCAAUGAAGUGGUCAAACAAUUCAAAGGCGACGGCUUUUUAUCAUUCACUCCACGUUUGCGUCCUCUGAACCUCCCGUGGAUUCUCAGCUUUCAGUUUAAGACAGUUUCGCCAAAUGGUUUGCUCUUAAGGCUACAAUUGGGUCACAACAGUGUCGUCACUAUUGAGAUACACAACCGGAUUAUUAAAUACACAUAUAAUUCUCAAAAUCUAACCAUUGCUGACGCUGUUGUCAACGAUGGAAAAUGGCAUCAAAUGGAAGCUCAUUGGAUGACCUCUGGAGUCAAACUAAAUCUUGAUUUUGGUCAAUACAUUCGAUUCAAAGAUUUCGAGUCAGAUAUCAAUGGACUGUAUAUCGCAAAAGUAACGGUCGGAGGACUUGAACCCAAUGAGCACUUGAAUGACGGAAGUGUUGAUGCAUUUGUCGGUUGCAUUCAAGGCUUAGAUAUAGGAAAUAGUAAGGAUUCGUGGCUCAGACCUUCCCAUCAGAACAAUGUAGAAGAGGGCUGUUUUGAAAGCAACGCCUGUCUCUCCAAUCCGUGUCCUCUCAAUAGUAAAUGUAUUGUUAAAGCCUUUUCCGAAUAUGAAUGCAAAUGUAACACUGGUUUUGCGGGCGAUCUUUGUAUUCCUAUCUGUGACUUAAAUCCAUGUGAUUUUGGAUCGACAUGUUUGCUAUGGAAUAACACCCGUGGAUAUAAGUGUCAGUGCGAUCAACACCACACUGGAGUCUAUUGCGAAGACAAAUUGCCGAAGACAUGUCCGUCCAAUUGGUGGGGAUAUCCCAUAUGUGGUCCCUGUAAUUGUGACACAACUAAAGGUUACGACGGAAACUGCAAUAAGACGAGUGGCGAGUGUCAGUGCGAAGCCAACCAUUUCCAGCCCCUCAACAGCGACGUGUGCUUCAAAUGCGACUGCUAUUCGACCGGUUCUUAUAUGAGUCGCUGCGACCCUGUGAGCGGUCAAUGCAAGUGCAGGCCCGGCGUUAUCGGUAGGCGUUGCGACUCGUGUCCCAGUCCUUUCGCUGAGGUUACUCUCAGAGGCUGUGAAGUCAUUUACGAGGGCUGUCCCCGAGCUUUCAGCGACCAGAUCUGGUGGGAUCGCACCCUCUUUAAUGGACAGGCCAUACAGUCGUGUCCAACCGGUUCUGUGGGGAAAGCUGUGCGCCAGUGUUCGGAAACCAAUGGAUGGAUCACUGCAGACCUCUUCGACUGUACCUCCAAUGCAUUCAUUGAAUUGUCAGAACAGUCUGUUUUACUCGAGAGAAACGAAUUCCUCAUCACUUCUUACCUUUCCAUCAAAAUCUCUUACGAUUUAAAGAACGCAAUCAAUAGCACCGACACUCUCUAUGGCACCGAUAUAUUGAUUGCAUAUCGUUUAAUAAGACAUGUUAUAAAUAACGAGUUGAAGCAAAAAGGACUAAAUUUGACUCAUAAACAGGACAGACAUUUCAUCCGAAAUCUGGUCGAAUCGACUUCAUCUCUAUUAGAGCCCAGAUAUGCGUCCCAUUGGGAGAGGAUUUCCGAGAAGGAAAGGGGAGCCGAGUAUUUGCUUAAACUAUUCAAUAGCUAUUUGGAAGUGUUGAUAGACAAUCAAAUGGACACUUUUACGGACCCUUUUGAGGUCUCAGCCAAAUGGAUGACAUUAGGGUUGGACACCGUAUCGAGUGACCAGUUGUGGGAUAUGCCUAAAUCGCUGCAUUCUUAUGUCAACAGAAGUUCUUUAAUCCAAUCAUCUGUGCCAUCCAUUUAUGUUGACAUGAGUUUGCCUUUAGAUUCGAGUCCUUCGGUUUCAAUACCUAAAUAUAAUAACUUUCCCAUAAGAAAGCAAAACAUUGAUGACAUCACCAAAGCUUUUGUUCCUCUUAAGACGUUAGCCGUAAAGACUAUUGAAGACAUUGCUUCCAAUCCUAUGAAUGCAUCUUUUGAUAGACAGAAAAAGUCGGACAAUGCUAUCAUUGGUUACGCAAUAUUCCCCUCUUUAGGCCAAAUUUUACCCCCAAUUGUCGACUCAAGUGUUCGACACCGAUUCGGUCAACCAAUUGGAGCCAAUUCUCCAAUAUUCGUAUUGACCCUAAAGCCUGUGAAUGGCACCAAAUUCCUCAAUAAGUCAAUUCAACCCAAACUGCACUUCAGAUUGCGAACACUGGAUCGUAACGGUCGGAGUGGUCCUCAAUGCGCGUACUGGGCCUUCAACUCCAACCCCAACUCGCGCUCCAAAUCAUCUUCAGGUCCGACUCGCGGCCGAUGGUCUUCCAAAGGCUGUGAAGUAAAAGGCUUUCAUCCGACCAAUAAAUACAGACUGUCUUACGAUUACGUUAACUGUUCGUGCGAUCGAGCCAUUGGUGUCGCUGUUCUUAUGGACAUCAGCUCUAAUGAUUAUUUCGUGAGCGAAUCAUUGGCCCAAAUCAUGUUUGGUUGCAAAAUGACUGCAAUUAGUUUGCAAUAUCUGUUUAUGUGUCUCUUCUCAUGGAGUUGUGUCCAAAGUAUACAUCUCUACCGAAUGCUCACUGAAAUCCGAGACAUAAACCACGGACCCAUGAGGUUCUACUACUUUAUUGGAUAUGUGGUCCCAGCAAUCAUUGUUGGCCUUACAGUUGGUGUGAGGGCUGACCAGUACGGCAAUUACCUAUUUUGUUGGCUUUCAAUAUACGAAAGUGUUGUCUGGAGUUUAGUGGCACCCAUUUGUAUAGCUAUUAUUGUAAAUCUAGUGGUCUUCUUGUUGGCACUCCAGGCCAGUGUCCAAAUCAAAGAGACUGUCAGUGAUUAUGGAAAUCUGCGGACACUGUUGUGGUUGAGUAUCAUUUUGUUGCCACUCCUCGGCUCGGUUUGGAUUCUGGCUCUCCUUUCGGUCAACGACUCUCUCGAAGAGCUUCACUACGGCUUCUCACUUAUGUCUCUAAUCAGUUCCGUCUAUAUAUUCGUCGGCUAUUGUCUAAUCAACCAUAGAGUGCGACAUAAUAUUCGAGUUCUUUGGGCUCGACUUCGCGGCCAAAAAGGAGUUUACAUCGACGACAGCUUAAGCGGAACGAGAACUUCAGUGGCCUCUCGAUCGGCGCCUACUUUCCAUAACUCGUCUUUCGAUGUUUUGCACCGAAAUAUGACAAUCUGUGCCUCUUCUACGACCAGCCGCUCCACUGUCACCAAGUCAUCGACCAAUGCUUUCAGACAUAAAAGACGACAUGCGCUCAAUGCAGAGCACUCGGAGUCUGACAGCGAUGUCUCGUUUGAUCGAUCACUAGAUCUGGCGUCAAGUCAUUCAUCAGAUGAAGACGACAAUAGUUGUGCCCCAAAACAGAACCGAAUCAAUGCUGAGAUCCAACAGAAUCAUAAUAUAUUUAGCGACAAUACUGUCAACCCAUCCCUAUUCUCACGUCCAAUGCAUGGGUCAGAUGCACAACAUGUGCACCUGAAGUGGUCGCAUAUGCCCUCACAUUCAGUGCCAUUGCAAUCGCCAUCACAAACGUCUCCCAUUACAGAAUGCGGUCCUUUCUUAAGCAGCAGACCUUACUCCAGGUCUAACAUACUGGCCAUGACUGCCGGCCUAUCAGCAGAUUCGUUGGCUACUCAUCAAAACAUGACAAACAGUGAGUUAAACGCAUUAAACACUUCAUCGCAAGCUAUCAAUACUUUGAGCCCGAGUUCACGCAAAAGCGAAUCCUUUACUAAAAAUACUCAUUUCGAAGAAAAUAUGAAUUUCAGUGAAGACUUAAAUCUUAAUAUUAAAUAUGAGAAUAACAGUCACUCUAAGGCCGACAGUAUUAGUGAAAUACUGAUCAGUGAAAGGGAGGUCAACGACCACAACAACACACCGACUCUCGACUCCAGCAAAGAGAUGGAACCGAUUCAGGAAGACGUGACACAAUCACUGCCACAACAAUCGAUCAUUCGUUCUGUUGAUGCGGAGGCAGCUGUCAAUAGUGCCGCUCCGACACCACUCGUCCCUAUGAACUCCACCUCAGACUCCGAGUGUGAACAGCGAGGACACAAGUUAUGGAACUCAAAAGUGGUGAUAAGAAAUAGCGAUUCUUUUGAUGCCAUCAAACAAUCCAAUGCAUGGGUCGUCGGGUGCGCCCAAGAAAUCAUCUUUCAUUCUGUUAAGACGCCCCUAAAGCACAGCACCACUACAGCUAUGGCACAGCUUCUGUAG